AUCGCCCUGGGCGCCUGCUGAUGCCCAGGAAAUAUUAUUCCCGGGGGGCUCUAGACACUCUUUUCUCCUUUCCCCCAUUGGCACUUGGACUCCUAGCGCGAGUGCGCCUUUGUGACCCUGUAUGAUACCAAGGGACUCAACGUUGGGACCCCGAUGCACGUACAAUUUGGGCCGGGAUACCACAUUGAAAUUUUGAGUCCUCAAUUUGCCUACCGGAAAACUGAAUCAACAGGUACGACAUCUGCUCAAGAAAUCUUCCCUCGAUCCCCCAUAUGGAUGCAGCAGAGACACAACCAUGGAUAAGUCCUCACCAUCCGAGUACCAUCAUAUAUAUUUCCCAAACUCCCCAAUCGGGUAAACGAAUUGAAGGCUGUGAAAGAAAAAAAGGUAGAAACACAGCACCUCCGGAACAUGCUCAAGAAAUUAUGUCAUACCUCCCCCGGACAGACAGACAGACAGGAACUGAACCGGUGGGGUGGGCAACUGGCAACUGAUGACCCCAAAUCACCGCCGACGGGCACAACACAAUUUCUUCCGGAAUUGCUCCGGGAGAUGGGAGGACCCAACCGCGAGCUCGUACUCGUACCUCCUCCUAUAUCCCUCUUACUCUGGCCUGCUAAGCCAGUAAAUGCAAAUCCCUCCUCUAGCCCGGCCCCAGAACUCCAGACAAUCACCACGGGGUCCCACUUCAUAAUGGGGUUUUUCUGUGCAGCGUCUCACAACUAUUCCCAUCUCCUUCAGAGGGCCGACUUUGGGUAUAAUGUCAGGCAGUACAGUGCGUUGAAUUGAAUAGUUUUCCCGGUGCAUCGGUACUAUGUGGAUAGGCUAGAGGCUCAAGAAGUGAAAGAAGAAGAAAAAAGGAGCGGUAUAAUAGGACAAUUGUCACUACGCUAAGCAGUAGCCCAGUGAUCACCCUCCGACAGCUUCGGCGUCUCUCUUCUUCACCACCAGCCAGAACGAGGGCGAUUUAGAAGCAGUAAGGACAAGUCUCUACCACGAGAGGAAGAUUCCCCAUACUUGAUAUAGGAACAGUAAAUGGGACGUACCGUACAGGUGGUUUCGCCACUUGCAUAGCCCGACAGGCACCUCGGCCCCUCCCUCCCUACCGCAGCCCAUCAGUCAGUGCAAAGGAAGCCGAGCCCGUAAAGCGAACCUAUGGAUCGUAUCCAGCGAGGCUGUAGGUUAUUUAUUUUAAGCCAACCCAGACUUGUGGGAGAGAGGUUGCGGUACCCAAGUGAUUUUCUAGAGGGAGGGGCGUAAAUUCAGUUUAGAUCGAGUGCAAGGACCUAUGAGCACUUCUCUUCGUUGUAAUUUUUCCUAACUGCGUGCCGCGAUUGUAAAUUGGCAAAGUCAAGGGUGGAAUUGUUCAUUGUUGGCGAGUGAGAUUUUAUGAGAACGGAUACGCCGGAGGCCGGACGGUACAUAGCGAAUAAGGGUAGUCUAAAUAAGGGCGCACAACACUCGAGUCGGAAGUAUCAAAUUGUCCACUUCCCAUGGGUGAAGGAUCGACUCGGUUUCAACAUCCAAUAACAUCUGAAUGGUACCGUGAGCAGAACCACAGCAUGUAGACAUCGCCAGUCAAAUAUUUCGUAUGAUCAAAGUAAAAAGCGAGUGCAUCUCAACAAUAGACCAGCUUUCUUCAUCUCCCACACCCACCACCACCAGCCCUUCCUC